UCGGAGAACCACCACGGCGCCCAUCCAGCCACGGCGAAUACGGAGGAAUUAACCUGGAUGGAAAGCUAUUCAUUGUUGGAUUAAUUGCCGGAGGAUCGCGGGAGAAGAUUAAACUUGUGUAGGGUUUGAACCCGAACUGAUAAAAUGCCCUCUCGACUCGCUUGUUUUCGAUCCGGAGCGGUAUCUCGAAGUGUGAUGGCACAAGUCCAGUGAAUCGCUGGCCUCCCCUCCUCUCUUGUGUUGGAUGCCUUGGGGAGUGCGUUGCCACUGGUUUCUGGUGCUUCAGAUUUUUUUUUUUUUUAAAGGUUUUGUUAUAAUUUAAGUGUAUUGCUGAUUCUUCCCUUUAAUUGAGUGCUCAUCACCAUGGACAGACCUGGCUUUGGAAUAGGAGUGGCUAGCUAAGUCGGACAAAAUGUGGUUAAAUGGCAAGGAAACGAGUAGACCGUGAGGAUUCUCUAACCCUUGCCCCCGAGUCCCAACCAUCUGAGAGGGUGUCGGACCUCACUGAGGCAAACCUGGGCCGUUGGCACUAAAAUGUCCCUAAGUGGUGGCACUGCAGGCGGGAAAGGUGUGGACUCUAAUGCGGUGGACACUUACGACAGCGGGGAUGAGUGGGAUAUCGGUGUUGGAAAUCUGAUUAUUGACCUUGACGCUGAUUUAGAAAAGGACAAGCUUGAGAUGUCUGGCACCAAGGACGGCAUGUCAGCCCCACCCAGUGCAGUGGCAGCAUUGCCUGACAACAUCAGGUUUGUUAGUCCAGUGUCCGGCUCUCAAGGCAAGGAAAGCAAAUCCAAAUCCAAGCGCAGUAAGAACUCUAAAGACAAUAGUAGCAAAGCCUCAACCGGAGAUGGGGCCAAAAAAGAAACUACAGGACGGACUCAAGGGGAGCCCACGGGAACAGCAGCGAGUGCAGGAGCUGCUGGCAACAAUUCCACCUCUGGGAAGAACAUGGAAAAAGGGGGCAAAGCCUCCAGAGGUGUUCUAAGUGGUAAAAAGGAGAAGGAUGGGGCUAGUGGGAAAAGUAAGAAGGACAAAACAGAUGGAGGCCCAGUGGUGGCAAUAGCUGCUGCAGAGAAGGAUGUCGUGUCUCAAGCCCAAGUUGCUUUGGGGAGUAGUCGUAAUCCAUCCUUUGAGAACACACAAUCAACAGACUUGGCAGAGGCCAAUCAAAUGGGGAAUAUUGCACUUGAACCUGUUGGGAUAGUACCAGCAUUGACGUCAAAAACUGAACCAGAGGAGCUGGAAAAUAGCAGUAACGAAUGCAGAACAUUGAAGAAGGUGAAAAACGAAAAGAUGGAAUCUCCUGUCUCCACGCCAGCCCCUCCCCCCCUCCACCUCCUGGCCACGGUGGGCAACAGCGAGAUCGCCUCGCCCUGUGAGCAGAUAAUGGUGCGUACGCGCUCGGUGGCGGUGAACACGUCUGAUGUGGCCCUGGCCACGGAACCUGAGUGCUUGGGGCCCUGCGAGCCUGGAACCAGUGUCAAUCUGGAAGGCAUUGUGUGGCAGGAAACUGAAGACGGCAUGCUGGUGGUCAAUGUUACUUGGAGAAACAAGACAUAUGUGGGCACCCUGCUGGACUGUACACGGCAUGACUGGGCUCCCCCCAGGUUUUGUGAAUCCCCUACAAGUGACCUGGAGAUGAGGAAUGGCCGUGGUCGAGGCAAGAGGAUGAGACCCAACAGCAACACACCUAUCAAUGAGAACAGCAACUCAUCAGACAACAAAGGCACCAACAACAACAAGACGCGUGCUGCCUCCAAUAGCAAGGGGCGAAGGGGGAGCCAAACGCCAUCAGAGCGCCGCACACCACCCAAUAGCAACACAGAGGACAUCAAGGCUAGUCCUUCAUCAGCUGGAAAACGCAAGACUAAACCAGCCUCAGACAUGGAACCCAAUUCCAGCUCAGAGGACACCAAAGGCAACAAGCGCAUGCGGACUAACUCCAACAGCGGAGGAGUAGGGCCGACAGGUCUUCCCAUUCCUUCUAUCAAGACUGAGCCUCUUCCACCGCCCCUUGAUCGCAGCUGCCCCUCACCUGUUCUUAUUGACUGCCCACACCCCAACUGCAACAAGAAGUACAAGCACAUAAAUGGUCUCAAAUACCACCAAGCCCGUGCCCACAAUGACGACGACAUAAAGUUGGACCUAGAUGGGGACAGUGAAUAUGGAGAAGACUCCACUCUCCACCCUGAACCAGGGAAUUGCAAUGGAGCCUCAAUCUCACAGAAAGGAUGCUUGUCUCCAGCACGUUCAGUCACCCCAAAAGGAAGGGGCUUUGAUGCUCAGAGUCCCUCCCCAUCCCCUGGCAAGUUUGGCUCAAAGCAGAGUAAAAAGAAAAUUGUUGAUACAGAUCCAGAAACGGGUGGUACUCCAAUGGAUGGGUGCGAAGAUGGGCCAUGCCUCACUGAUGAGGCCAGUAAUGAUGGCUUAGAUGAGAAGAGAGGUUCAGACAAAUCCAAAAAGGCUAGCAGUGGCACAAAAGCUGACAAAAUGGCACAGAAAAAUAUGAAGUCACCACGACCCAUUGGUGCUGGCUCUGCAGCAUCUCAACAGAUCUAUUCUUUUCCUCCAGGAAACCCAAACACCUCUCCUGGGAUGACACCUAUGAUGCAAGGGAUCCCUAAAAGCCCCCAAAUGAAAGGUGCACAGCCUAAGCCCCCUGCCAUCGGAGAUUCUGCCUCCAGCAGCUCCAAAGACAAGAAGAAGAAAGACAAGAAGAAGAAAGAAGGUGCAAAGGAGGCUGACAGUCCCAAGCCUCCGGGAAAGGGAGGGAAAUUGGAGGAAGGAAAGCUUCCAUACUCUGAAUCUUCUGACCAGGGGAAUAAAGGGGAAGGGCUUCUCAAUGGUUCCUCAGACCCUCACCAGAGUCGCUUGGCCAGCAUCAAGGCUGAGGCUGACAAGAUCUACAGCUUCUCUGACAAUGCCCCCAGUCCAUCCAUUGGUGUAGCUAGUCGGAUGGAUGGCAGUGGGAUGCCACAGCCUCUCACACCGCUCCACGUAGUAACCCAGAAUGGUGCAGACAACUCAUCAGUCAAAACCAACAGCCCAGCAUAUUCAGACAUCUCAGAUGCUGGCGAGGAUGGUGAAGGGAAACUAGAAGGUGUUAAAGUCAGAACAGAUGAAAAAGGCAUCAGGGAAGGUGUCAAAAAAGCCCUCUUCCCAAACCAAACACCCAACAAAGAUUCUCCAUACUACGCUGGCUAUGAGACCUAUUACUCACCCAGUUACGUUAACCCAAGUCCCAGUGGGCCCAACCCAGGUACCCCAAUGGCUGAGGGUCAGGUUAAGAUCAAAAGGGAGGAUGAUCAGGACCAAGGUGAUGAAAAAGUCAAGGUUGAGGCUCAUGAAGACCGGAAAGCUGAUAGCAGUGCCCCUGGCCAGCAGCAGCAGCAGCAGCAACAACAGCAACCCUCAGUCAUCCAGCAGCGUUCCAACAUGUACAUGCAGCCUCUCUACUACAACCAGUAUGCCUACGCUUCCCCUUACGCAUACCAUGCCGAUCAGGCCUACCAUAACCACUUGAUGAACACCAACCCCGCAUAUCGGCAACAGUAUGAGGAGCGGCAGCGACAGGUGGCUGAACAGCACCGUGCUGCUGAGAAGAAAUCAGAUGUAGCCAUAAAAGAAAGAGAAUCCUCCAUGAAGGAGGAGUGGAAACAAAAGGGCCCCAUGCCUCCCAGCCUCUCCAAAGCCCCGAGCCAGUCAGACCUGGGCAAGACACCACAGCCCCCCAGCAAAUCCAGGGACUCUCCCUCUGAGCCCUCUUCAAAAUCCAUGGGAAACAUCAAGGGGGAGGACCCAAAGUCCCAGCAAGCUGAAGGGCUGAAGAUGAAACUGACUGAAGGGGGUCACCAUGGAAAGGAAGAGUCCAAGCAAGGGCUGGAGUCCAGAGGACAGGCAGGGAUGGAGCAGGCAAUGUGGUACAGACAGUACCCUGAGAGCCAGAAGCCCCAGUCAGAAGAUGAACACCAGCAACAGCAGCCCCGAUGGAAAGACGAAAGGGACAGAGAACGGGAACGUGACCGGAAAAUUAAGGAUGACAGGCCCAGGCCCAAGGACAGUAGUGGUGGUCCCAAAGAGGAGGGCAAAGAGUGUACUGAUCCCAGGAUCUCUUCUGAGGACCACCGGGCCAUGAGCAAGGACCCACGUUCUAAUGCCCACAUGCAGUUCUCAUCACCACUAGCACAGCACCAAGGCUACAUGCCCUACAUGCAUGGCUACCCCUAUGGACAAGGCUAUGAUCCCAGUCACCCUGGAUACAGGGGGAUGCCCUCAGUCAUGAUGCAGAACUACCCAGGUUCUUACCUGCCUGCAGGCUACCCAUUUUCUCCAUAUGGUGGUAAAAUGGCCGGAGGUGAUGAGGGCAAUGACAAAUCUCGUGCCAGCCCCACUGUCACCAAGUCAUCAUCGGACUCAAAAGCCCUGGAUAUCUUGCAUCAGCAUGCCAGCCAAUACAAGAGCAAAUCCCCCACAGUGAGUGACAAGCCCUCCCAUGACAGGGAGAGGGAGCAGGACAGAGGAGGAACUGGUGGAGAGAGAGAUCGGGAUAGGGAGCGUGACAGGGAAAGAGAAAGAGACAUGGACCGACCACGCUCCUCGCCCUCCCAGCGCAUCAUGCCCUCUCACCACCACCUGGGAUACCCUCUGCUCUCAGGGCAAUAUGACUUGUCUUAUGCCACAGGUCUCUCCUCAUCAGCUAUUGUUGCCAGUCAGCAAGCAGCAGCCCCCUCCCUCUACCCACCAGCACGGAGGUGAGAACGGGAAACCUGACCGUCACACCUCCACCCUGCAGAGAUUCAUGUGACUGGCUCACAUGAGAAGAAGAUCUCCCGGAUGUUACCUUUUAGACAUCAGUUGAAUGGUGUUUCUAUCUAUAUUUUUAGUUCUUCUGCCCCAAGGCCAGGCAGUCUGUUGUUUUUUUCCCCCUUGUGAACAACCCCCAAAUUCUCAAACCUUGGACUGUCACAGGACUGAUACAACCCAGGUUCAAAGCCAUCACUCUGCUCCAUCAUGCAGAGGAAACACCUACCCGCUGAUUAUCUAGUCUUUGCACUGUUGACAAAUACAAUGCAAAAAGAGACUAAUGGACUGCCAGAACAGCUUUUUUUUUCUUUGACUGCAUUGUUUUUUGUCAUGCGCAGAAAGAAAUUGGCAGGGGAUUUUGGGGGGUUGGGUGGCUGAUGGGAAAGGGGAGUCAAACUACAAUAAAGACUGACAAGAAAAGUGAAUCAUGUUGAAAUGAUUGAAACUAUGUCUUUGGCUUAUUGUAUGCCGUGAAACAACAGUAUAUCCUUAACUUGACAAAUGUUUGGCUAUAUUUCAUGGGGAGAGGGAAUAUGGCGAUAGCUGCUUUCUUCAGAGACUUAAGACCCUGAGAUUGAAGUUUUCAUUUUCCAUCAUCAUCGGUUACUCCCAUCCUCAUUGAACCUUCAGUUCUUGUUUCAGGGAUGAUGUCAUGUUUUGCGAAGGGACCGCAUACACCUCAAUGGAGAAUAAACACUAUUCAUGUUUUGUUUUUCUUACAUGUUUUCUUUUCUUGAUAUUACUUUAAUUCAGUACUUUGCUCCAUAUCGUGUUCAUCUUUGAAUGUGUGUGUCUAAUGCUGGUAUCAUUGCUAUUUACCCUCACACUGAAAUGGCCACAUCUGUCCUCACACUCACGCUUACUACACUCACUUGGGCAGUUGUUAGCAUGGAUUCUUAUCAGCAGCUAGUUUUGGAUCUUUUCAAAGCUGGGUCGAAGAGUCUGAUCGACCCACAUCGGUUGUCAGCCUCUUUGUUUCAGUAGGCGCCUGUGCUAUAACUGUAUGGUCAACUACUCGCACACCAAUCAUGGCUGCAAGGAAUGAUUUUAAAGACCUUUCAACUGCUACUAUUAUAGAACAAAUACGAACCACUCAGGCACAGAGAAUGAACUGCCCGAGAAAGGUAGAGAGAACAAGUGAAAUGCUUGAAGCAAAAGCUAAAUGGGUAAACUGGGUAAAAUGGGACCUUGAUCGCGCACACAUGACUGACACAGAUAGGCUCUCUCUUGCCCAAUCAGCCAAAAAGAAGCACUUUGCUCUAGCCUUUCCCUAGGAACUCACACUGGUGGUGCAACUCUGAUCCAAGAAGGAGCCCUAUUUGGAUUCAGCCAAGUCUGGUCAACAUCAAACACACAUAAAAUGUGACUGUUACAUGGUCAUACUGUAAACAGCCUCUUCCCAUAGAGUUCCCUCUUGACUUUAAAUUACGUUUCAGUUCUCUUUAACCUCAGGGGUUCUAAGUGAAAUUCUAUCCAUAUGCCAUUUGCAUUGAUUUUUGAGGGCCUCUGUUUGUGGGUGUUGAACAAGCACAUAUUCUCUGAGCUAGAUGUGCUGUAAUGGUCUGAGUUUGUUCAGGAACAGUGGAAUAGCUGAUUGUUUAAGGUAUUUUAUCCCACGCCACGUUGUGGUCUGUUGUGAACAGAAGUCUUGGUGUUUCUUUUAUGCAUCAAAAUGAGAGUGGGGUAUUGGCCAUGUUGUCAGUAAAUGUUUUGUCCAAAUAACGUGUUCCUACAAUUUCAUUCGAUUUGGUUUUAUGAUCAUUUUUAAGCUUCCAUAUGUUGUAGUUUAUUUGUUAAAUAUGUGAUCGAAGUUAAAAAGCCACCGGUCUCGAGUUAAAUACCCUUUGAAGUUGGAUGUUACACUAUUUGACGAGAACACUACUCGAAAUUGAAAACUGCAGCUCUUGAUUUUGUGGUUUGAGGACAUUCCAUAUAUUGAGUUGCCAGUUUCUCAUCCCGCAAAGUUCGCAAGAUGGUAUAUCUUUGACUUGUGCGCAUUUCAAAGCAGAAUGAUGAUCUGACAUAAAUAAGCUGAAUGUGGUGGUCCUUGACUUUUUCUUAAUCUGUAAGGGUAAUCUAGGCAGCUGUGAUGUUGUCAUUAAAGUCAGUGGGUUUUAGUACCAGCAGACUGCAUACAUAUAGUUUUAUCAGACAAUGGUUGUGACAAGUGCAUUUGUUCUCUCUCUGAGAGUAGUAAUGUUAUCUCAGUAGUAAACAAAACCCAGUGAAAAUCAUAUAUACUAAAGUGUAUGAAAGCCAGAAAAGUAAUGUUUGCUAUCAACUUAUUGGAAAGUGCUUGGCUCUGUAUUUUGCAGGACUGUAUUUGUUUCAUGGUGAAGAGUAUAUUUAUUGGCCAGCAGUUGUCUCAAUUGGUGCCUAGUUGAAUAUUCUCCUGUGAAAACGCAGAGACACUUGCUCGUUUGUCCUUUCCUGACCCACCUACUGUCACUCAAAACCCCAAAGUACCAACACGGUACUUGCAAGGAUGUUUACAAUGUCUUCAUUUCUUUCUAUGUGAGAAAUUCAGAACUCUUCCCCUGUCCUCCUCCCCCCUCCCUUCAGGAGUUUGUGUAAAGUGUACAUUAUCAUGGUUCUUUUUUAUACAAUACUCUGUAACUUGCCUUUGUAAAUUUGGGCUGAAAAAAAAAAUAAUAAAUCUUUUUAUGAGACAAUC